AUAAUCAGAUUAUGGAAUAAUUGUAAACUCAUUUUUUCAGUGCAGAUCUUAUUUUAUGUUUCAUGGGAUGGAUAUAAACAAACCACAAUCAGUAUUCCAAUAUCUACCUUUGCUUUCAUUCACAGAAAGCUACAUUUAUCAGCUUGAUCGUUUGAAUGAGAAGACACUGCAUGCACCAAGUGAGGAAAUGAACAUGUUAGAAAGAGGAAGCCAGGCGGAAGGUCAGUGGCUAAUUUCUAGGUGUACAAAUGUGUUUAAAAGUGUCCCAUUCAGACCACUGUCAUGUCUACUUGAGUGUCAUGGCCUUUUGACAAAAAGGAUACAAGAUGAGUUUAAGUCUGGAGAAGGGUACUGGGCGCUGGAAAGAAAGCUUUGUUAUGCACUGAUGAAUAAAACGGAGGUAUGGUUAUCAUCUUGGGUUAUUACUUUUCAAAUAUAGCUAGUUUCAACAUGUUUGUAGAAAUGUUUAUCAGAAAUAGAUUCAGAAAUUAUCAACAUGUAUAAAAAAAUCUGUCACCUUUCCAUACCGACUCUACCCGUCACA